CACCGCAUAUUCGCCACUGUGGCGAGAGGAAAAGUGUGAUAAAUUAUCUCAAUAUAUUUGUGCGCUCUGGAGGACAAAAAAAGGUGUCUCACCACAUAUUUAGGCAUGUAACGUUGCUGGUUUUACGUGAAAUUGCGCACAUUAAGAUGAAGCUUUUUGGCCUGUUUAUCAUCUUGGGCCUCAUUGAAUUGUCGAUUGCGGAACAGAGUCCGGAUCACAAUGUGCACAUUGAGGUGGUUAAUGCGAGUAUAGUUCACAUUGGACAACAGACAACGCCCAAUUCGGCAGAGGAAUCAACGAGAAAUGACCAAAUUGUUACAACAACGCCAACAUUUAGCGGAAAAACUGGGCUUCCGUAUGAAUUUAGAGGAUCUGACUUGACUUUCGAGGAGUCUGGCCAUGAGAAAACCUUCCUCUUCGCCCAGAACAACACCUUCAUUCAACUCGACGGUGACAUCAUUCAAACAUUCCAGCUGCGCCUGUGCAGAGAAAUAUCCUUCCAAUUCCGCACGCGCCUUCCACACGGCCUUCUGGUCUACCACAACGUGAAGAAUCCCGAAGGGAUCAGCCUCAAUCCCUACGCACUGUACGUGAUCGUGGAGAAGGGACAACUGAAGGUUGUUCAUGUCUUUGGCAAGCACUCCACGUCCGUCACCGUCGGCGAAGGACUCAAUCGCGACGAAUGGCACAGCGUCAUGGUGAGAAUUGAUGUGCACGGAGCCAGAUUGAUCGCCAGAGUGGACAAUAAUCAGGAAGAGGUGUAUCUGAAGGGUCUCAAUCACGACACAAACUACGGAGUCUCGACAAAUUUGCCCUCAGUGGUUCUCGUGGGUGGUUUGAGUUCGGAGGAGAAAUUGCACGGUGUGAAGUACAUUAUUGAGUCAUUUGUCGGAUGCAUCAGGAAUAUUGUGUUGAGCUCAGGAAAGGCAGCUUCGGAUCUCCUCCCAAUCACACCCUUAGUCGCCACGAAGCAUGAAAAUGUGAAGGAGGGUUGCCUCAACAUGUGCCACACCAGGGAGAAUCUCUGCUUCCUGAAUUCAAAGUGUAUCAAUCAUUACUACGACAUAUCCUGCGACUGCUUCGGUACCAAAUAUGAAGGAGAACAUUGCGACAUUUACACCGCUACAGUAUUAACCCUUCGAGGAUCAAGCUAUGUAUCCUACAGAAUCUACGAUUGGAAGGAUCGAACACACUCACCGUUGACGAGAUUAAGUCUCAUGUUCAAGACACGCUUUGACGACUCUGCCUUAUUCUACGGCAGUGGAGAAACUCUCAAGCAUCAAUACAUUGGCGCCUCUAUCAAAAACCACUCAGUCUAUGUGGAGAUGGACUUUGGCGAUGGUGUGAUAAGUGUGGUUCUCGGAUCCGAUCUCACUUCUCACUAUUGGCACAAUCUCACCAUUCUCCAUCAUUAUCAUGAAGUCCAUUUGAUCCUCGAUGAUCAGUACAAGAUCAUUGACAUUCCGGGAUCUGUGCAGAAUCUCCUGUUCGAUCCUGAAAUCUACUUUGGCGGCGGUCCUGAGCUGAACAAGAAGAAGGGACUUGUGUCGAAGAACAACUUUGCCGGCUCCCUCAAGUAUGUCUUCUACAAUGACGUGUCAAUACUGUACGAACUGAAGAAGGGCAGUCCGAAAAUGCACUACAUCGGAAUCCUGGAGCCUGAAUUCUAUGAGGCCGAUGUUGAGGUCAUUCCCAUGACUUAUCCCUUUGCCACAUCUCACAUUUGGUGGCCCAUCAAUCACACGAAUGAAAUCUCAAUUAGAUUUGAAUUCAAGAGCGCCAGAACUGUCGCUCAUCUGGCAUACAGUGAAGUGGAGACAGAUCAGGGCCCGGGAUUCUGGGAGAUUCGCCUCAAUAAUGACAAACUCAGUCUGGAUAUAAUGCUGGACAACAAGAAUACGUCACUCUUGCACUCGAUGAAGCAAAAAAUUGAGAGUGGAUCCGCUUGGCAUGCCAUUGAAUUGUCCUACAGAGACGGCGUUAUCAACUUCACGGUUGAUUAUCGACAGACGAUGUUGCAAGAGUACAACUUGUCCUUCAACAUUGGCGACAAGAUGGUUUUCGGCAGCAGCCUGAGAACGGCUCCGUCUGGUUUGGUUGGAUGCAUGCGCGAUCUCGAAAUCUACAAUUAUCCCAUCGAGCCCAGAUAUGUCGUGAAGACGGAAAGAGUUGUGGGCGAGAUAACUCUGGACAAUUGCAAGUACGUCGAUCCGUGCAAACGCCCAAAUACCUGUGAACACGGGGGAAGGUGUAUUGUCAAGGAUGACAGGAUAACGUGUGACUGCAAGAACACCGGAUAUAUCGGCAAGAAUUGCCACUUCACCAAAUACCGCAAGACUUGCGAAGAGUUAGCUCUUCUGGGCUACACCAAGUCUGAUGUGUACCUGAUAGACAUCGAUGGGAACGGCAUAUUCCCACCGGCUCACGUGAAGUGUGACUUUCAGAGUCUCGAAAAUGCCACCAAAACCAUCGUUGAGCACAAUCUACCAUCGCAGGUUGAUGUGAGAUCAUUUCAGUGGAACGAUUUCAGUUUCUACAUCACUUAUCGGGAGUUUUCACCUGAGAUGCUUCAGGAAUUGAUCUCCCAUUCGCUCUACUGCACUCAACAUAUCAAGUACGAUUGCUACAAAGCCCCUCUGGAACUGCACUCUGCCACCUGGUUCAUGUCCUCAGCGAAGAACAACACUGUCGAUUACCUGGGAAAUGUGAAAAGAGGCUCCUGUCCGUGUUCAGUGAACAAAACUUGUGAGGAUGCCAACCAGAGUUGCAACUGCGACAGCUCAAUUCAGGGCAAGUGGUUCUCCGACGAGGGAACGUACUCAGAAGUUCAGAGUCUGGGUAUAACACACAUGUUCUUCCUGCAGCAGAACAUCCUGGACGAGGAGGCGCAGGGAAGAAUCACUCUAGGACCUCUGGAGUGUGUGGAAACCAACACACAAAAGUACGUUGUCACAUUCACAACGUCUCAAUCGUACAUCGAAGUUCCUGGCUGGCGCAAGGGCGAUAUUGCCUUCUCAUUCAGAACAACCGGCGAGAAGGCAAUUCUACUCUUUCAGCCACCCAUUCGUCCCAACUAUCCCUCUUUCAUGGUGGCUCUCACUGGAGAUUAUCAACUAACGUUCAACUUCACACUCAGCACGGGAACAACGCGCGAACUCGUGAUUAACAGCAAUAGAAAGCUGAAUGGCGGAGAGUGGCACAAGAUUUGGAUAGAUUACAAUGAGUAUCACGUGCGUUUCAUGAUAAACACAGAUUAUCAAAUGGUAGAUUUGCUGCCCGAAGAGGAGUUUGGACCCUUCGAAGGCAGCAUGUUCAUCGGAGGCGCAACGUCGGAUCUGCUGAAGAAGUUGUCAGUCAAGCAAGGACUGAUUGGAUGCUUCCGCGGAUUGGUUGUGAACGGAGAAAUCCUCGACAUUUACAGCUACAUGGCUGUCCACUUGUCUGAGAUCAUCAAAGACUGCAAGCCAUCGUGUGUGCCGAAUCCGUGCAAGAAUGGGGCCUUCUGCAAGGAGUUGUGGAGCACCUUUCAGUGUGUCUGCAGCAAUCCCUGGGCUCAUGUUGGCGAAUUCUGUGAAACCAAUCUCAACGAAAAGGCCCUCACAUUCCUCAACAGAGAGUCCUACGUCAAGCGAAACUACGUGGGCGGUCUGCAAACGGAUCUUGAUAAGCAAGUUUGGCGGAAUAUUCUCACUGAAGAUCUCCUCAUCAAUCUGAGGACAUAUGAUAACUUCUCCCUCGUUUUCUACGCCAACGACAAUUUCAACAAUUUCGUUCAUCUGUACAUCAACAAUUCGGAAGAAGUGAACUUCCUCUUCAACAGCGGUCAAAAGAUUGUCAAUCUCACACUUUGCCAUGAGAAUCUCAACUCCGGCAAGAGUGUGCAAGUUGCCAUCAUUCGAACGGACGAGACAAUAUCCAUGUAUGUCAAUGAUAAGAAUGUCACCAUUCCCAGAGGAGAUUCUCUGCUGUCUGACUACUCAAACACUCCGUGGGAGAAUCCAGAAAUGGAAGUUCUCUCGCCACAUCGUCCACCAGCGCCUCCAACUGAGUACUUCCAGAUCAACAUCGGUGGCUAUGACUCCAGGAAUCUGCUCAAGACCAACAAGGACAUGCCGGAUCUGCAGGGAUUUGUGGGCUGUGUCGGUGGCCUGAAGAUCGGAGACACUUUGAUUGAUCUUGAGGAUUUGGUGGACGCCAAUUUAUCUCACGGCGUUCUAUCGCACUGCCAGAUUCUCUGUGAUGCCGAACCGUGCAAGAAUGGUGGGAUUUGCACAGAGAACUUCGCCAGGCAGGAGAGUUUCUGUGACUGUGAGCACACAAGCUUCGUCGGGGAGUUCUGCAGUGAAGAGAAGGGCGCCGACUUCAGCGGAGAAGCAAUCAUCCAGAGGAAGUUCACAUUGAGUGGGAAAGUGAACUAUGUGAAGCUCCAAUUGGCGUUCUCUAGUGAGGACUUCCGGCGCACCAGUCGCAUUAUGCUGCUCCUGCAGACGGAAAACCACCGAACUUACUACCUGAUGCUGGGCAUCAGUGCCGAUGGGCAUCUGCUGUUCGAAGAGGAUCGCGAAGGUGUGGCGGUGAAGGGGAAAGUCGAGCGAAGUGUCCUCAACAAUGCCCGCCAUUCGGUCUACUACGAGCGGCACGGGGACAACGGGACGCUGUGGGUGGACAGACAGAAUGUCCCUCUGCUGCCCUUCACCCUCAUGGCCCUCACGGGCACCGCGGCGGACGAUGUGGGCGUGAAUGAGGUGCAAAUCGGUGGCAUCAAUACGACAGACCCUCGAUUUGCCAUCUAUAAGAGCUACAGUGGAUGCCUGUCGAAUAUCCUUAUUCAAGUCAAUAACGACUCUAUGAAGCCUCUGGAGGAAUACAUGCUCUUCACCAAAACAGGAGCAGACAAUAUUGCAGUGACCAAUUCUCAGGGUGUGCGAAGCGCCCAGUGCAAUGCCCACUUUGACUCCGUGCAGAAGCUCAUCUCAGAGCCAACGCUCAAUUUCAGUCUGGCCACAGACAGGACAUGGGUAGAGGAUCCACCCAUCAAGAUUCCGUACAAGUCCAUCUACACGACGCUAACGAAGAAGGAGGAGAAGACGCCGGUGGUGUUCAUCACGCUGUCCAUUCUCUUCCUCAUCAUCAUCAUUGCGUGCGCCUUCGAGGUGUACCGCUCCAAUCGGGCCUACGCAAAGAGGAUAGAGAGGGAAACGGAUGAGGGUAUUAUCAGGGCCAAAGAGGAGGCGGCCAAGAUCCACGAGACGCCCAAGAUGACGCUCAAAGGAGUGUCUUUCAGUGCUGUGCCACUCACUGAGCCGCCGCUGCCCUACGAGAGCCUCACGAACCAGGUGGCACUGAAGCACUUAGAGAACGGCAUUACGCCCAUUCUUGAGAAUCCCAGUGAUACAGAAUCCCUGGACAGGGAUGAGGAGUGAUUGAGAAAUAAAGCUGUUGCGCGCUUAAAUCGA